AUGGGUGACGAGACAAAGAAGGGCCUGACCGUCUUGGUGUGUGGUGGAGGCAAUGCAGCCCAAGUUGCAACUUCCAUGUUUGCUUCACGAUAUGAGACCUACGCCAUCUCCCUGUAUGCGGACGAGGCUGCCAAGUGGAAGAAGCACAUGAUGGGGGGCCGCUGGCAUGACAAGGUCGAGGGAAUGAAACUGACAUUGGAUACUGGGAAGAAGCUGAUCUCCACACCCACCGACAUUUCCAACGAUCCCAGCCUUUCAGGCAAAGCCGAUGUGAUCAUCUUGGCGGUUCCAUCUUUCGCCCAUGGCCAGUACUUUGAAGCCUUCUACCCCUACAUCAAGCCUGGCACCAUUGUGGCCUGCAUGCCGGCCAGGUCUGGUGGUGACAUCCUCUUUGCUUCCAAGAUGAAGGAGAAAGCCGACAGCAUGGCCUUCGUGGGUUUCGAGACGUUGCCCUGGGCUUGCAGGUUCACUGAGUGGGGUAAGCGGGCCACCAUCCUGGGCACCAAGGGUCAGAUCCUGGCUGCCGUGACCCCGGAGUCGGAGAGUACUCGGGCCAUUGCUACCCUGCAGGGCCUGUUGGGAGUCUAUCCGGCCAUUGAGAAGAGCCCCAACAAUUUGGGCAUUAGCUUGAGGAAUCCUGGACAGGUGAUCCACCCUGGGGUGAUGUAUGGCCGCUGGUGCGCGGAGAAAUGGGAUGGCAAGCCGCUGGCCGAGAAACCCUUGUUCUACCAGGGCGUGGAUGACUUUACCGAGAAGGUGUUGCUGGGCAUCUCUGAUGAAGUCCAGGACGUGUGCAGGAAGGUGGAGGCGCUGAUCCCCGGCUUCAACCUGAAGGAUGCUUGCACCUUGCACCGGUGGUACCUGGACAGCUACAAGGGGCAGAUGGCUGAUGAUUCCACCCUGAAGCUGUCCAUGAACACCAACAGCGCCUACAUUGGCCUUACUCAUCCCAUGAACCCGGUGGAUGGAGGCUUCAUGCCCGACCUGAAGUAUCGCUACCUGGCUGAGGACGUGCCCACCGGUUUGUGCUUCACACGCGGACUGGCGGAGUUGUUGGAGGUUCCCACGCCGACCAUCGACAAGGUGAUCACUUUCGCACAAGAGUCCUUGGGCAAGAGCUUCUUGGUGGAUGGCAAAAUGGCCGGCCCAAACCUGGGAGAAACCCGAGCCCCUCAAGCUGUUGGAAUCAACUCUAAGGAGGAUUUCUUCAAGAUGGCCAAGAUUGCUUGCAUCGGAUCAAUCCGAUUUCGACUUUCCCUGAGCGAAGAACUUGGCGCAACUCCGAUCUCCUUCGUCCGAAAGGGCACGUGGAGUGAAAAAGAGGGCUGCGUCUCCUUUCUAAGGAGUGGGCACGAGAAAUUUCUGCCUGGCACGCCGGAGGACCACUUGCCGCGUCCAAUGCGUCCGGCUAGUCUGGAUCCACACCGACCUUGCACGGCCUACUUUGCAGCAGGCACUGGUGGGCGGGCCCCGAUCUACGUCCAGCCGGUCAUGCCGAUGAGUGCGAGAAGGACCCUGCCACCUCAGCACCAGAGGCCUAUGGUCAUGGGUGUGCAUGGACUACCCAGACAGGCCAGUUCAGGGCAUUUUCCCCCAGCUACUCUGCGACACCAGUUCAGCACCGGGUCUCUCUCUUCGGUACAAAGUACACACAGACUUGUUCAGGCGAACUCCUUGUCAGAUUUACAUGGACAUUCAGGACAUGUACAGACGCAGUUCGCAGGUCGCUUUCAACCUGUACAGCCUGCGCAGUUUUUGCCGUCGCGGACGCCAAGGAAGGAGGGAUCUGUACAGCCGCUGUACUAUGUAGCCCCACAGCCUGCACCAGUGCCCGCGCCGCCAGCGCCUGCGCCGCCAGCGCCCGCGCUGCCUGCGCAGCCACAGAAGGCCGCCGGCAUCGCUGCGGGCAUAGCGCCGGCGAGCACUCGGCCGAAGACGAUGCGCCACCAGCAAGAUGAGCUCAUGAAUUUGCAGAGCCACCUGAAACGCCUCCAAGGCCUGCAGGCGCAACUGGAACAACAACUCAGUGAUGUACAAUAG